CCGCGGAGCUCCGCCUCCCGCGCUCCCCAUUGGCUGGCGAGGCUAUAUAUAGGCCUCAGGAAGACGGAGACUUCCUUUCGGCUCCGCGCCACUUGGGCCUCCACACGGCGUUGUCAGCAUUCCCUGUCGUUGCUUCCAAAGGGAAACCCCACAAUGUCCGGAGGCCUCGAUGUCCUGCAGAUGAAGGAGGAGGAUGUCCUCAAAUUCCUCGCUGCCGGGACCCACCUGGGAGGCACUAACCUCGACUUCCAGAUGGAGCAGUACAUCUACAAAAGGAAGAGCGAUGGUAUUUACAUCAUCAAUCUGAAGAGAACCUGGGAAAAGCUCCUCCUGGCAGCACGUGCCAUUGUUGCCAUUGAGAACCCAGCUGAUGUGAGCGUCAUUUCCUCUAGGAAUACUGGACAGCGUGCUGUUCUGAAGUUUGCUGCUGCCACUGGGGCUACUCCUAUUGCCGGACGUUUCACCCCCGGUACCUUCACCAAUCAGAUCCAAGCGGCUUUCCGUGAGCCACGACUCCUGGUUGUCACGGACCCCCGGGCUGACCAUCAGCCCCUGACAGAGGCGUCUUAUGUCAACAUCCCCACUAUCGCACUGUGCAACACCGACUCCCCACUGCGCUAUGUGGAUAUUGCUAUUCCCUGCAAUAACAAGGGAGCCCACUCAGUGGGUCUGAUGUGGUGGAUGCUGGCUCGGGAGGUCCUGCGUAUGCGUGGCACCAUCUCCCGUGAGCACCCAUGGGAAGUCAUGCCUGAUUUGUACUUCUACAGAGAUCCUGAGGAGAUUGAAAAGGAGGAGCAGGCUGCUGCCGAGAAAGCUGUCACGAAGGAGGAGUUCCAGACCGAAUGGACGGCCCCAGCACCUGAAUUCACUGCUCCUCCUCAGCCUGAGGUUGCAGACUGGUCUGAGGGAGUGCAAGUCCCAUCUGUACCCAUCCAGCAGUUCCCCACAGAGGACUGGAGCGCCCAGCCUGCCACCGAGGAUUGGUCAGCAGCUCCCACAGCCCAGGCUACUGAGUGGGUUGGCACUGCCACAGAGUGGUCUUAACUUCAGUCCCACUGUACUGUGAGAGAAAUAAAGCCUGGUUUACUAUA